UGGAGAAUACACUGGGUGUUUCAACUUUCAUCUCUAUAUGAACUAGCUUCCCUUUUCUGACAAAUAAAUAGAAGUGCUCUGGACAUCUAACCCAGAGAUACAGUACCAACAGCAGACCUGACCUGACUUGCUCAAGCUAAGGCAGAAUGAGUGUGAUGUCUCUGGCUGUAGUGUGCUCGCUAGGACUGCUUGUUAUCAUUAAUGCUGUAGGCGGUGAGCAAUCAGAACCGAACAUGCACAUUAUGACAUGUCGGUGUUUGAAAGUAACAUCUAAGCGUUUAAGUCCAAAGUAUUUCAAGAAAAUCGACAUUCACCGUCCACGAAAGAAUUGUCCAAGGAUAGAGGUUUUAAUAACCACGACAAAUGAUAAUGUUAUAUGUAUCGAUCCAGAGGCAAAAUGGUUUUCAGAUAUGAUGCAACGUCUACUAAAAAAGAACAAACACAUUCAGAAGACCUCAGAAGAAUGAAUCCAUAUUCCGUCUCUGCACCUCUUUCUACCCACCUUGUGUAUAGGGGGCAUGGCCUCAUGGGCCAGUUCCCCAUUUUCGUCACUCUGUGAGUCCUGGAGAUGCGGGCUGCCCCUGGGAAUCAGUCUGUGUGCAGUGCCAGCUCCUACACUGUGACAGGAGCCGGGUGAAGCAUGUAACAUUAUAGUGCAGCACCUGGCUCCUGUCGCUGAGCAGGAGUCGGCAUUUUGGUACCACCCCUCAGCGGGUGACACCCGGGUGUGGGCCGCACCCCCUUGUGACGCCACUGCUGUAUUGAUACUAAGGGGUCUAUUUACUAAGCCUUGGCUGGAGAUAAAGUCGCUGGAGAUAAAGUAUCAGCCAAUCAGCUCCUAACUGACAUGUCACAGGCUGUGUUUGAAAAUUACAGUUAGGAGCUGAUUGGCUGGUUCUUUAUCUCCGUCCACUUUUUCUUCAUCCAAGACCCCUAAAUAUAUAUUUUUUUAAAGUCUAUACAUUUUACAUACACCUUUCUCUGCCUUCCAGCAGCAGGGGGUGUUUCCAGCUAAAUAUGGGAAUAAUCUCAGUACCCUCCAAUCAUAAAGUAGUACAUAGCGGAACACUUCCCCCAGCACAUAAUUAUGUCCUUAUAUUGUAAAUGAUUUAUUACAAUUUUUGUAAAUUACUCGAAGUCAGAAAAUCUUUUACAUUCUGAGCAUGCUUGAAAGUAAUAAUUGGUAUAAAAGUGUCAAUUCUCUAGUUACUUGUCAGAUAUGUUGUACUAUAGCUCUAUGUACUUAAUAAAAAGCAGUGGGAAA